AUGCUAAAUGAAUCUCAUUUUAUUUGUGAAAGCAAACUUUGGUCACAACGAGGAGAGGAUAAAUUUAAAGAAAUUCUUGCAAAGAUUGGUUUAACCCUCGCUGAAUGCCGCCAAAAUUUUGAAGUAAUCAAAAAAGAUCGCCGUUUGGAAAUUUUUAAAAUAAUAAAGGAAUAUUUAAAUAAAACUUUUGCUUCAUUCAAUACAAAUUUUGGAUUUAAUUCGACUUAUAAUGCUGUUGAUUUUGCUAGAAUUUUAACAAUUAGAUUAGAGUGGAAUCAGUCGGACAAGCCUGACAGUGAACUUAGCAGACGUUUCGAGUCAACAAACGAAAUUUUGAGGGAAUUUUUCAAGACGGGAGGACGUGAAUUACCCCCUCUAAAGCAUUCUGUAGAGCUCUACAAAAUGGCUUUAAAAAGUUUAAAUGAAUUGGUUAAGAGGUCAAUAGCUCAAAAACAUGUAGUUUUAAUGUCGAGGUUUUUCCUUCUUUCGCUUUCUGAUCAGUGUUCAAUGCUCGGUCUCCUCUCUUCAAGGCAUUUUCUCUUUUUAUUUUUUCAUUCGGUAUUGCGUGCUUAUGUGUCUACGAAUCCAACCUCUCGUGGAACCAAACCUUUCAUUCUUAUUUUUCCCUUGUUGGGUGAACAUUCAGGCUGGUAUUUGAUAUCCGGGUUAAUGCCUUUAGUCGAAAUAAUGGCUGAUACAAGUGGAAAAAGUGUAAUUGGAAGUGCAUUUAAACACGUCGCAAGAGAAGCAAAUAUAGAAAUUCGACAUACUUUUGAUUCAAAUGUUGUGAUGAUACGGGCAUUGGAUCGAUUUCGUUUCCUAAACAUUUUGGAAGCUCGAUUUGAAAAUAUGGCAGCACUUCCUGUUCGAGCUGACUGGCUUAAACUUUAUAAAGAAUUAUUGAGAGCUGGCAGAGAGUUUCCCCAGUACAGCUACAAACAUUUUGCCCGUCGUCGUGUCCGUGACUAUUUUGAACACUCGAGGACUGAGAAUUUAAGUGAAAGCAGAUUGGCCGAGAUGUACGAGGAAGGAAAGAAGUCGUUGUUGGCAAUUCGAAGACAAGCACUGAUUUCUACUCUCUAUCCUUAUAGGCCGUUGGCAGUUGAAAACAGAAAUAAAUAG